AUGGCGGAUCCGAACGACCGCGACAGCUUCAGGGCGGCGACGCGCCGCCGGUUCGUGGAUGACAUGCUCGGCAAGGCGCGCGAGGCGUCGCCGCAGUGCGAGUGGCGCGUCAUGAUCGUCGACGACGUCACCGUGAGGGUGCUCUCGUCCACCUGCGGCAUGUCCGACCUCACCGCGGAAGGGGUCUCGCUCGUGGAGACACUCGGCAAGUCGCGCGAGCCCCAGUCGCACCUCGAGGCUGUGUACUUCCUCACCCCGUCCGCCGAAUCCGUCUCGCGCCUGUGCGACGACUGGGCCAACCCGCCGAAGAGCGCCGGCAAGAAAGGCGCGGCGACAUCCGGGGCGUCCGCGAUGUACCUCAAGGCGCACGUCUUCUUCUCCUCGCCCCUGCCGUCCGCGCAGCUCGCAGCCAUCAAGAAGUGCAAACCCCUCGUCGCGUCCCUCGCGUCCCUCGCCGAGCUCAACCUGGAGUAUCAGACCAGGGACCAGCGCACGUUCGUGACGGGGCAGGAGUACGCGCUCGUGGACUUUUUCGGGGGCAAGUCGCCGCGGGAUAAGCCCGAGUGGCGCAGAGAAGCGGACGUGUGCGCCACGAGGAUCACCACGCUCCUCGCGUCGCUCAAAGAGAUGCCGAAGAUUCGGUACAAGAGCGUGGGACCGGACGGCGUGAAAGGGGGCAGCGUCGCCGCGGCGGUCGCGGAGAAGGUGCACAGGCAGACGACGUACCUGGCGAACAAGUCGGGCCAAUCCCUGGCCACCACGUGCGACGUGCUCAUCGUUGAUAGGUCGGUGGAUCCCAUCGCGCCAAUCGUUCACGAGUGGACGUACGAGGCGAUGCUCUUUGACCUCUGCGAAGUGAACCACCGCAACGGUUUGUUCAAGUACAAGAUCGAGACGAACAAGGGGACGCAGGACAAAGAGGCUGUGCUCAACGAGCAGGACCCGCUGUUUUGCGAGCUGAGGCACGAGCACAUCGCCGCGGUGCUGAACAAGCUUGCGGAGAAGGCGAAGGAGUUUAGCGCCAAGGGAUCCAGCGCGCGACUCACCGGCGACGCCACCACCGGGGACCUCAAGAAGGUGGUGCAGUCGCUGCCGAGGUUCAUGGAAGCGCAGGCCAAGCUGUCGACGCACACCAGCAUCGCCGCGCAGAUCAACUCCACGCUGACGCGGCGUAACCUGUCCAACGUCGGUAGGUGCGAGGAGGAGAUCAUCUUCGGCGAGGGCAACUCCAAGACGAUCAUGGCGCUCCUGCAAAACUUUCGCGAGAGCGCUUCGGAGAUGGACCCGACCGACAAGCUGAGGCUGCUGCUGCUGUACGCGGCGACGCACCCGGAGAAGUUCGACGACGCCGAGCGCGCGCGGUGGAUGAAGGCGACGGGUUUGACCAGGGAGGACAUGGACACCGUGACCAACCUGGAGCACCUCGGCGUUCGGGUGUUGAAGAAGAAGUCUUCCAUGGGCGGGUUCAACAAGACGACGAAGAGCAAGAGGCCGGUGGUGCACCAGCGCGACAGCGAGUGGGACCUCAACAGGUUUUUACCCACGAUUCACCACCUCGCGCGCGCCAUCGACGCGGGGACUUUGAACCCCAUGGAGUACCCCAGUUUGGGCGGCGAAUACGAGGCGCCUCCGGCGAUGAGCGCGAAGAGUUCGCCGAUUAAACCGAGCGGCGGAGGCGCGGGAGGAGGAGGAGGAGGAGGCGGCGGCGGCGGCGUCGCGGCCACGGCCAAGACCCCGGGUAAGAGCGCGAGGUCGCGGCCCGGCGGCGGGGGCGUGCACGUGCCCAACCGGGGCUCCUUCGGCGGAGAUCACGAGGCUCCGAGGUUCGACCGAGCCGGUUCCGCCGCCGACUUACCGUCGCAGGGCGCGCACCACGGCCACAGGAGGACCGCGUCCAACCUCAGCGCGUCCGGGGCGUCGGGGGUCGGACGGCGUCUGAUCGUCUUCAUCGUCGGAGGCGUGACGCGCGGCGAGAGCAGGGAGGCGUACGAGCUGUCCGAGGCGUUGGGUCGCGAAGUCAUCGUCGGAGGGACGGAGAUGCUCAAGCCGUGGGAUUUCGUCAACAGGCUGGCGGUGCUCGGGGACGGGCGGGGGUUCGCGCCCAAGAAAGGGGAAGACGAGCUGGAUCUGGACGACAUCGUCAUCGACGAUUGAGCGAUGGAAUCGGGAGUGGGCGUUCGUGAGACGCGUCGUCGUCAGUGUUAUUACAGGUUGAG